AUGGAUCUGUCAAGGGGGAAAGUCAUAAUCGAACAGGACAUCAACGAAUACACAAUAGACGAAAACGUAUUUUUCUUCGAGCCAAAGAAGGAAGACGUGUACGACGAAAACACAAACCUGAGGUACAUCUUCCACAACACAUUCAUAACCACAGAUGAAGAAAUUGCAAUAAGUGAAUUCAAAAAGUAUUGUAAAAACAAAUCGUUAAAAAUAAAUAAAGCAUUUUUCGAAAAUGAAUGCUUGCGUUACCUAUACUCAGCGCAAUUCGAUUUUGCAAAAGCGUUAGACUUGAUUAGGAGUAACUAUGAAUUCAGGCUGUCCAAUGUUCUACCCAUAAAAGAAAAAGAUGUUAUAAAUUACAUUAACAAAGGAGUCAUAUACUGGCAUGGAAGAGAUAAGAAAUGUAGGCCCAUUUUGAUAAUCAAUUUAUUGAAUGUCGAAUUGUUAGAUGUAGAAAGAUUAACAAAUUUAUUUUUUUUCUGUUUCGAAUUCUUUUUAAAAUAUUUAUGUAUACCUGGAAAGAUAGAAAAUUAUAUAUCCCUUGUUGACUGCUCUGGUAUUUCUUUAUCUAAAUUUCCCAUGUCUACAUUUAUGAAAUUGUUGGAGAUUAUGAAUUCAAAAUAUCGGUGCAGAUUAUUUCGGAUGUACAUAAUUGAUGCUCCGAAAAUUUUCAAAACCUUUGGGAAGUCGUUUUUAAAUUUUGCUCCGUCCUACAUGACGAAGAAGCUAAAGAUUUUGGACACCAAUUAUGCGUCUUAUUUGAGGGAGGAAAUUUUCGACACGCAACUGGAGAAGAGAUACGGGGGAGUAAGAGAAAUCCGGGACAGCGUCUUUUACCCCUUCUCCUUUUACCCCAACUGUUGUUGCGCGGAUGGAGAAGCGGCGCAGGAGGUAGAAGUUCACUCUGGGAAUGCUAUCGUAAAGGACCCCCCAAUUGGACGCGGUUUCCAUCAAAUGAGCGACAAAGCGCGCGACUACCUCAUGUCAGGCUAUUCAUUGCACUUGAAAUUGGUGGACCGAACUCACAAGGAAUCGAUGAGAAAGCAUUAUACCCCUGCUGCGAGUGGAGAUGGACACGGCAGGAGUAGAGUUAAAAGGAGCAGCAGCAACAAUAGCAGCAUGAAGCACCUGGUCAGUUACGGCAAUAACAGCAGCACUAGUAGGAGAAAAAAAAAAAAAAAAAAUUUAUCCAAAAGGGAUCAUUUAUUAGAAAGCUGUUUCAUAGAUGCAGUGAUAAAUAAAGUGUAUCAAAUCGAAAGUAACAACAUUUUAAAAAACAAUAAAUUUGUAAAUGCAAGAGGUAGCUAUGGCGUUAGUGUAGACAGCACGCACAACUGGCUCUUCAAAGUGAAGCACCUAUUUCUGCCUGAAAUAACCAUAAAUUAUUUAACGAGCAGAUUCCCCUUCAUUGUAAAUUACCUCAUCGUGAAGUCUAGUAUUAAGUCUAUGCAUCAUUAUGCGAAAUAUAUAGAAAGUCAUGCCUGCGCGGAGGGAGAUGAUUAUUCUGUUCAUGGCAAACAUGGCAGUGGUAGACAUGAUCGCGAUGGCAGAGGCGCCAGAAGUGGUCAUCCUUAUGGCGACAAACUUUUCCUUUCCCUUAGCACAAUUACCAAUACAACUGCAAAUUCGAUUGCACAUUUGGGGGAUGUCCCAAACGAGAAACCCUCACACACCUUAAAUAAUGUAAAGUCGAUGAAUAGACAUGAAAACAUAAGUCGCAUCAAUGAGGGGAAGAGCAGUGUCAGUACUCCACAUGCGCACAAAUCAAGGAGGAGUAAGAAAAAGGGCGAAACGGGAACGACGCAGAAUGGGUUCAGCGAGUUCCAUGCGUACAGGGGAGAUUUUGGCUGUGGUGUUGGAAACCUCUGCGGUGAUCAAGACGGUCACGGAGAUGACUGCACGAGGAGAACUGGAGGAACCAAACAGCUCGACUCCAAAGAUGCGAAGAAAAACUUUUACGCCAAUUCGGAAGCCAUCUUUGAAGAUAAUAAUGGUAAUAAAUCUGCUACGGGUAUGAGUGACCACUUGCAAAAUAAGCAGCCCAGUAAUUCCAGGCGAAAGUGGAAGGACAAAACACAAAAGUACUACAAAAUUAAGGCAACGAAUAAUUUGUUCAGGGAUGAAUUGGUAGAUCAUACUCAGAAGGUCGAGUAUGUUGAGAAGACCUUAUUGAAUAGAAUGGUAGGGGUUGGAGAUUACUCCCCAUGUUAUGAUUUCAACGAUUGCAUGGAUCAUUCGGGCAAGGCCACAGCGAGUGCGGAGCGUGAAUGUGAAAACAGCGCGAUGAGCUUAACAAACGCUACCUGCGCGGCCAACUCGAUCAAAACGAUGAACUCGAUGAACACUGUCAACACGCUCAACUCGAUUAACAGCGCUAACUCCGAAAAAAAAUUACACAAAAAAUCAUCCCUAAUUAGCAUGAAGUCAGUUAUGCCCAAAAGGUCAGACUACGCCAGUUCGAAAUUACACAGGCAGUCUACCACCGUGAAUACAUCCUUAAGUACCAAGGUGUCUAAAGAUUCGUUUAGUAAAUUAGAAACCGGGCAAUCCUUAGAGCAGGCACCACGACACGAUCCUGCAGGUGCAGCCACACGUAGGAGUAAGGCAAAUCCGGUCGGACAAAAAAUUUCAUCAUCGAUCGCUGACAUAACGCACAGUGUAGAUGAUAGAACGACAACUGAACAAAAGGACCCAAGUCUCUCCUCCCCUGAAGCGAAAUCGGAUUGCACUAAGCAGACAAAGGCUAAUUCGUCUGAUAGGAGUAAGCGAAGGCUCAACAAAAUUAAGAUUAUUGGCUUGCCGUUUUUUAACAAAACGACUUCCAAAAUGUAG